AUGAACCCACAGCUCGCCCAUGUCCGUGAACGUGGAACCAACGCAGUUCUCUCCGCAGCUAAAUUCCUCCUCGGACUCUCUUCCUACAUCGGUGGUAAGCCGUUAAUAAGGUGCUCUGGUUUCUGGAUCGAUUGGGAUGAUGAGAGCAAAACUGGCACCAUUUUUACCACUGCACAUCUCAUCCGCUCGAAUAACUCGGAAUUUGAUGUUUGGUUAGGACAAGAUGAGUAUGACCCGAAUGCUAAGGUUAUGGUUCAUUUGCUAGACGAUACCGCUGUAGAGGCCCACUUGCUCUACUACCAAGUGCAUUACGACAUUGCUCUCUUUAGAGCAAGAGUGGAUAGUCCUGUUCAGUUCCCCUCUUUUAAUGAUAGAGUGCAGUACGCCCAGGAGGUUUUCCUCCUUGGAAGAGCUGAAAAUUUAGAUCUCAGGAUAACCUAUGGUCGGGUAGAAUACUUAAAUCCAGAUGUCUUUCAGCGGUAUCACUUCAUGUUCUCUUCCAAAACAGAUGCUAAUCAGUAUGAUGAUGGAGGGCUGGUCAUUGACUUGGAUGGGAAGGUUGUGGGAAUGGUGAACAUUACUUCACAAGGGUCUUUUAUACCUUGUUCUAUCUUGCUCAAGUGCUUGGACUUGUGGAGAAAAUAUGGGCACAUCACUCGGCCCCACCUUGGAUUCAAGUUUUUCGCCAUCAAGUUUCUAGACCCUCUUUAUAUUGAGAAGAUCUGGCGCAAGUAUAACAUUGAUGAUGGUCUUAUUGUUAAUGAGGUGGCAGAUGGAUCAAAUGGUGAGAUGCUUGGAAUUCGAAGGGGUGACAUCAUUUCAUGUUUCAAUGGUGAACAAAUUUCUACUACAGUUGAGUUGGAGAACUUACUGCUGGACAUAUGCAAGGAUUUUGAUAGAACAAAUCAACCCAGUGCCGAAGUAGACGUCGUGAUAAAGGUAUUUAAUAUACGUAAAAGUCGAUGGAGGGAGCUUCACUUGACUACAAAUAUAUCUGAGCAUGGUGAAGUUGUUGCAAGAGAAUCCUACUCUUCCUUUCACUUUGGGAUAAAGGACUUCUCUUUCGGUGGCACCUAA